CCCCCGUCGAGAUAUUUCAGUUGCACAUGUAAUGUCCAUUGACGUCAACUGGGGGACUGCCACCUCUGGUCCAGACGGUGAGGCGCUGGCGGAGCGCAUCCGCUCUUUCAUUCACGAUAGGUUUCAGCAGGUGGCCCUCCCACGUUUCAUCCGAUCUGUUCAAGUCCAUUCUUUCGAUUUCGGAACCAUUCCGCCCGAUCUUGAGAUCAAGGACUUUUGCGAGCCCUUUGCCGAUUUCUACGAAGAGGACGAAGAUGACGAGACGUCCGAGGUGUCCGAGGAGUAUGUCUCCGACCACGGCAAUCAAUGGCAUGGUCAUUCCGAUCUCAACGACUCCUCAUUUCGAGACGAAUUGACCAUGAACCACACGCUACGCGAUCCAUUCGAUGAUGACUAUCAACCUUCGGUCCUACGAUCACCAAUGCCUUUAAGCGACCACCUGAAUCCUCAUUUCCUUCCCCGAGCUGGAACUCCUGGAAUUCCUGGCGGAACGUCAACACUCGGUUAUCACCUCAUGUCCAUUGGCGGGCUGUCGGGGACACAAACCCCUCUUGCAGCGGUCGCCGGCGGGACUCCAUUCGCGAGCGGCUGGGGUGAUCCUGGAAUGCGACCUGGAAAUAUUCACCAUCCGUCUACCCCGACCCGCGUGCGCCCGGACGCCGACAUUGAUUCUAGCAAUCCGGCCUCGCGCCCCUCUACGUCGAGUACCCAUCCCUCUCAUCCGUCUGGGUCGCAAAGGAAUAGCGGAGACAGUACAAUGGGAAAGGGGAACGGAUCGCAUCGGGAUGAUCAGCAUGACGGUGCACAGGGCGAUCCUCUUCGUCUUCCUCCUCGAAUGAGGGAGCGAAAACCCGAAGAUUUCCAGGUUAUGUGUCACGCUAAGUACGCGGGCGAUAUCCGUUUGUCGUUGACUGCAGAGAUUCUGCUUGAUUAUCCGAUGCCUAGCUUUGUGGGGUUGCCUUUGAAACUCAACGUCACUGGCCUUACUUUCGACGGAGUUGCAGUCAUCGCCUACAUUCGGAAACGAGUGCACUUCUGUUUCUUAUCAGCCGAGGAUGCCGAUGCUUUGAUAGGAUCUGACCAGCAGGAGACAGGAGAUCAGAGCGACCACAGCCGGUCUGGGGCCGAUCCAUCCACAUCACCCAAACGCCAAGGGGGUUUACUGCGAGAAAUUCGCGUCGAGAGCGAAAUCGGACGCAAAGAAGACGGGAAACAAGUCUUGAAGAAUGUCGGGAAGGUUGAGCGCUUUGUCCUGGCUCAGGUGCGACGUAUCUUCGAGGAAGAACUUGUUUUCCCAAGCUUCUGGACAUUUCUCAUCUAGGCAUCACGAAGGAACGAGCCAUCGACAGCGUAAACUGGAUUUUGACCUUUCUUGGACAUGCUUGCAUGUGAUCUAUACCCUAAUAAAACAUCAUAUUAGACAUUUAUCUCCAUUUAAAGC